UCCAAUCCUGCAUGACUUUUGCGACUUGAGCACCCUUUUCCCAUUCCUACACUGGAAAAUUUCGACACAGUCCUGAAACAACGUGGUUCACACCAGGGGCGGAUCUACAGGGGUUCAGGAUGUCCUGACCCUUUCCUCAGUUUCUGUCUUCACAUAGUGUUUAGUGUACCUAGAUCGUGUAUGUACCAUGCGGGCCAAGGCUGGACCCCCCCCUCUCAGGAAAAUCCUGGAUCCGCCCCUCGUUCACACACCAAUCACACAAACAAGCGGGACGUUGAGCUAGACAAUGGUGGUGAUAGUGAAAGGGCUUGCCGUUGUCGGCCUCACGUCGGUGGGCAACGUCACGACUGACGCCCUGGGGGAAUGUGCGUCCUGGGCCGACUUCUAAGGGAACUGUGCCGACAUAUGUCUGAAAGCGUCCGAGGAAAACCCAGGAAAAACCCCAGACAGCACAGCCGGCACCGGGAUUCGAACCCGCGUACCUCCCAGUCUCGACGCAAUUCAUCCAACAAGGUCAGCAAUCUUUGAUGGGGUUGUGAACAAAAAACGGAAGGCUGAACUCUCUACAGGCACAGAGCCCGCGUUCAAGCAAAUGCGGAUCGAUGACCAGGGCCUAUGCCAUAGGCACAUCUGUCAGGAGACUUUAGACAAGCUCGUUGUGGACUUUGUUGUCAACGGAUCCCAUCCAUUUUCGAUCGUCGAGGAGGAUUCAUUCGUCCGCAUGCUGCAAUAUGCUGCACCAAUGAAGAAAGUGCUUACACGUAGGAUGCUGGCCACAAGAAUUGAGGACAGUUUCACGGAGCUGAAGCAGCGGAUGCAAGACACUUUUCGGACUGUGCAGUACGUGACAGUAACUGCUGACUGCUGGUCUUCACAUCACAGGCACUUCCUUGGUGUCAUGGCACUCUGGCUCGAAACGGACAAUUUGCAACGAAAGAUCGCAACUUUAGCUUGCCGUCGCAUGAUUGGGAACGUGACUUACGACAAGCUCGCUCAGACCAUGAACAGCAUCCUCGAAGAAUAUGGGCUUCACGGAAAAGUGACCAAGGUUGUCACCGAUAACGGCUCGAACUUCGUCAAAACAUUUCGGUGUUUUGGACUUGACACAGACGAUGCGUUUGAGCACUUUGAGGUGCCGAACAGAGAGGAAAGAGAACUUCAUACUUUGCUGGACGAAGGCGACACAGGACUCCGUCUACCACCCCAUCAACGGUGCGCGGCGCACACUUUUAAGCUGAUCGCAACGGUGGAUGCCUCAAGAGCCGAAAUGGACCCAGACUAUAGGAAAGUGUCCGAAGCUGUUUUCAAGAAAUGUUCGGCACUGUGGAGCAAAGAAGGCCAAUCUGCGCGCGCCGCGGGCGUUGUAAAAGGUUUUUGCGGCCGGUACUUGCGAAGACCCGUACCAACGCGGUGGAACUCACUCUAUGAUUCACUGGAGUGUAUCAUUCGUGUCAUUGACGAGGGCAAAGAUAUCGACGGACUCUGCCGAAGGCUCAACGUUCCCGUGCUGCAGCGGAGCACAGACAUUAAAUUUAUUGAAGAGUAUUGUAAGGUAAUGCAGCCUCUAUGCACAGCGCUCGACAUCCUGCUAGGAGACAAACACAUGUUCGUCGGCUACCUUCUACCAACCGUAUCCGUCGUAACACAGCGACUGCAGUACGAAGGAAUGAAAGGGCAACGGUUCUGCGGGCCACUCGUCACUGCCCUUCUCGAUGGCAUUCAGAGGAGGUUUGAACACCUCAUGGAAGACAAGGAGCUCCUCCUUGCUGCGGCUGUCUUUCCGCAUUUCAAGAUUUCCUGGCUGACCGACAUUACCCGCCGAGAGAUUGUAACUGAGAUGCUGAAAAAAGAGCUGUGCGACGUCAGCACGCCAGCAACGGGGACACCAACGACCACAACGAGCUCCAGCACAGACGACUUCUUCGCAUUCACACGUCAGAGUCGUAUGGUGGAAACUGCUGAAGACUCCGAGCUCACGAAGUUCUUGCGCAUCGAGGAGGACUACCCUCUGUCGAGGAUGAAAGAAAACUUUCCUCGCGUCCACGAACUCUUCCUCAGGGUGAAUACGGCGGUCCCUUCGAGCGCGUCAGUGGAGCGGCUCUUCAGCUCGGCGGCUGACAUAUUUACAAGGAAGCGAACUAGCUUAUCAGAUACUAGUUUCGAGUAUCAAUUGCUAUUGAAAUGCAAUUCAUGGAUGACGUUAGGAAAAUAAAGCCGGUCAUGCUUUCGUA